AUGUCCGUGGUGUGCGUGAUCCUAUCCAUCGUGGCGUACUGCUUGAAGACAGUUUCGAGCUUCAGGCUUCCAGUCAUUCGGCUGACCCACGGUAGACACUUCAACAUCACAUUCAACGUCUCCUCGGCAGCUAGAUCCGCCUUUCCAGACCCCUUCAGCAUAGCCUCGUCGGAGCCUCCGGAGUCGCUGAACGUGGUGUUCCUCUACAUGGAGUUUGUGUGCAACGUCUGGUUCCUGCUGGAAUUCUUCAUUCGCCUCGUAGUCACCGACGACCUCCUCAAGUUCCUACGCUCGCCCCUCAACAUCAUCGACAUCGCCGCCGUCAUCAGCUUCUACACCGAACUCUUCGUGGAUCUCACCGUGGAGCACACUCCAGGCGUCGCCAAAUCAGCCCUCGAGUUGUUUAGCAUCGUCCGUGUCAUGCGACUCUUCAAGCUGACUCGCUACAUCUCCGGCUUGAAGAUCCUCAUCCUCACAUUCAAAGCCAGCGCCAAAGAACUCUCGCUACUCGUCUUCUUCCUCAUGGUCUUUAUUGUGCUCUUUGCAGCACUCGUCUUCUACGCGGAGAGAUUUUCACCGUCUCCCAGGAACGACUUCACCUCGAUUCCGAUUGGACUGUGGUGGGCGAUUGUUACCAUGACGACCGUCGGCUACGGUGACAUGGCACCGAAAUCCUACGCAGCUCUUCAGUUUUCUGCACCACAAAAUCCGCCCAAUUUAGCUGAAAAUGGCAUUUAG